AUGACGAGUCGCCACUUCUCAUCAUCAAUGCUGCUAAUACUCGCCACCGUCGUCUUAGCUUCUGCUGUUGCCGCCCAUCCAUCUAAUGAAUGCGUAUACACUCUCUACGUACAAACUGGAAGCAUCGUAAAGGCGGGAACUGACUCCAGAAUUAGCGUCACUCUUGGCGACUCCGCAGGAAAAUCAGUUUGGAUCACAAAUCUCAGGGAUUGGGGUCUAAUGGGCCCACAACAUGACUACUUUGAGAGGGGCAGUCUGGAUAUAUUUACUGGACGAGGCCCAUGCAUAAGUUCACCCGUUUGCAGGCUCAACUUGACCUCUGAUGGUUCUGGAGCCCACCAUGGUUGGUACUGUGACUACAUCGAAGUCACCUCCACGGGCCCACACAAAGCGUGUAGUCAGUCCAUAUUCUAUGUUGAGCAGUGGUUGGCCACUGAUGCUCCCCCUUACGAGUUGACUGCUGUCUUAGAUGGUUGCAAGAGGAUGGAGACCCAAUUUAGAGAAAGGCAUCAUGGGCCUUUUGCGCUGCGCAAGUCAUCUGCUUCCGAGUAG